GUGUGUUUUGCGGAAUCAUGGACAGCUUCGUCGAGGAAGCAGGCGUGGCUGGACUUGGGGGAGGAGUAUGGGUUGGGAAAUGCGCUGAAAGACAGCGUGAUCGGGUGCAAUGGUGAGUACAAGACUGUGCGCAAUUCGUGGGGAAAGGUCGGAUGAAAGAGAAACGGAAGCUCAGUGGAGGCGGGCUACACGCCGUCGCGCGCAUAGAGAGACCACUCAGACCAGAGAAGCGAGCGCAGACUGACGCCCGAUGUCCAUCGCGCUCGUCAGCUACGCCUUGCCUGGAAGCGCCGGAGAAGCCGCACGAGGGCCAGACCAUCCUCAAACCGGAGUACCAUGCCGCUUGGUGCCACAUGCGCAGGAACCAGCGAGCCCUGGGCGUAGCGCAGGCAUGUGGACGCAGCAACGAGGCAAGGAUGCUGGAGGGGGUCAUCGUCGACGCGAAGGAGCAAUGGCUAGCCAUCUUGCUGCAACUCUUCGGCAGCGGCAGGCUCCUCUACCUGCUCAUGCUUGCCUCGUCGGGUCAAGCCAAGAUGUGGUUGGGCAUGCACCCGCCAAUAGCGCUGACGCAGGGGCUUGGUAUGGUGGUGUGGGUGCUCAGCGUCGAAGACGACGGGAAAGGGAUCGCGUCGACCGAGUCGAGCGUGCGCGGGAUGUCGAUGGCAAUUCGACACCGCUUCGGAGGCAUCAGGAUCGUCGCAACUGCAGGAGGCGAAGCAAUGACUUGGACCUUCGACGGCAACCCUGACGGCUCAUUGACCGGUGCUCCUCGACGGAUGAUGGAGCUCGCACUUUCGACGAGGCCGAAGGAGGAGCAAGAUGCUCGCGACGAGGCGUAUAAAGAUUGCCUUGCUGCAGAGGCAUUGGAGACCCUUAAGCCCGGAGUCGAUCCCGAAAAGAAGUCAUGGGCAAGAUUCGCAUCACCGGCAAAGAGGUCCUGCCGUUCGGGUCGCAGAAGUAAUCCAGGCUCCCCUUGACAUGAUCUCAGAGCAGCAGUGGUCCGCCAACCUGAUCACUACAUCCCCACGUCCCCUCCGGCUGCGAGCGAAUUGAGUCCUUCCUUUUAGUGGAGCCGGAAGUGAGAGCAACGAGGAGGCGGCAAAGGUGAUGGCGAUGCUCGGAAGGUGAAGGGCAAGAAUGGCUGGCUGGAGUGGGGGCGAUACUACGCG